CUCCGCUCCACACCUCCAUAACCCUUCUCUCUCUCUCUUGUCUCUCUUUCCUCGCAUUCUCAUCGUCGUCUUUGCUCUUUUUCUUUCUUCCUAUUUUUGUUUUUUUUGUCUGCCGGCGGAAGUCGAGGGAGGAGCUUGUCCAGUUUCGCUUCUUCCGUCUCUUCGCUCCUCCCGUGAAAUACCGUUAGAAAUCUUCCAACAAGUCGAAGCAGAGUUUUUGCUCUACGCGGCGUCAAGAUCUCCCCAGAAAAAUGAACAAUUGUGUUGGACAUACCUUACCUCAGCAAGCUCUGUUUCGGCCUUCUGUUGUAGAACGCCAUAAUACAGCUUGCCAACGUUCUUCUGGAAACAUUUUGUGCAUUGUUCCAUCAGCAUCAAAGGCAGAAGAUGUGCCAUCUCAUAAAUCUUUCCUUUCAAGUAGAUUCCUUGGGAAGACUCCCUAUGUAGGAAAAGGAAACCCAUUAAAGCAAAAUUUAAGAACAGUUGCCAUGAGCCCUCAAGCUUUAUUGGCAGCAGAUCCUGCUUCAGAGCUUGCUAGAAAAUUCAAGCUGAACGCCAAUUCUGAAUUGGAGGUUUCUAUUUGUAGGCCCACAUCUGAGUCUCCUAUACAAAUUGAUUUUCAAGUAGCCUAUGAUAUUGGUUCAUUGGUGCUUCAUUGGGGUGUAAUUCGCCAAACAAGAAGAGAAUGGUCUCUUCCUUCUCAUUAUCCUGAAGGAACAAAAUUAUACAAAAAUCGAGCUCUCAGGACUCCUUUUACUAAAGUUGGCUCGAUUUCUUCACUGAGAUUAAAGAUUGAUGACCCUGAAAUAGAAAUAGUUGAGUUUCUUAUACUUGAUGAGGCAGAAAAGAAAUGGUACAAACAUAAUGGCAGGAAUUUUCAAGUUCAUUUGUUGAAACAAGGCAAUCAAAAUCCACAUGUUUCUGUCUCUGGAAAUCCAAAUAUCAUUGUACCCGAAGACCUGGUGCAGAUUCAAGCCUAUCUUAGGUGGGAAAGAAAGGGUAGGCAGGCAUAUACACCUGAUAAAGAAAAGGAGGAGUAUGAAGCAGCUAGAAUGGAGCUGCUACAAGAAAUAAGUAGAGGUAUGUCUAUAGAGGAGCUUCGAUCCAAGUUGACAAAGAAAACAGAAGUCAAACCUGCAAGUAGAGAAGAGAAAACCCACAGAGUAGAAAGUCACGAAGGUGGGAUCUCAGAUGAUCUUGUGCAAGUACAAGCAUUCAUCCGAUGGGAGAAAGCUGGGAAACCAAACUACCCUCCAGAGAAGCAACUUAUGGAGUUUGAGGAAGCACGGAAAGAACUGCAGCUUGAGUUAGAUAAAGGUACUUCUCUGGCUGAACUACGGGAAAAGAUCAUGAAGGGGAGUAUAUCAACUAAAGUUUUGAAGCAACUGAAGGCUAAAAAGUAUUUCAGCAUCGAAAGAAUUCAGCGGAAGGAAAGAGACAUCAUGGAAAUUUUGAAUAAAAAUGUUGCAGAAACUUUAGAUGAAAAAACUUCUCAAAUAGCCCCUCCUCUGACAGUGCUAGAACUCUUGGCUAAGUCUAUACAUGAGCAGGAUGGUGAAUCAGUUCUGAAUCAGAAAAUCUAUAAGCUGGAUAAUAAGGAUCUUCUGGUACUAGUAACCAAACCUUUUGGAAGGACAAAAGUUUAUUUCACUACAGAUCAAAGUGAACCUCUUAUUCUUCACUGGGGAUUAUCAAGGAAAUCAGGAGAGUGGAUGGUACCCCCUACAAGUUCUAUUCCUCCAGGUUCACUAUUGCUAGAAAAGUCAUGUGAAACCCCUUUUACUAAGGGUUUAAUGAUAGAUCAGGAUUAUCAGGCCAUUCAAAUAGAGAUUGAUGGGGGUGAUUAUGCUGGAAUUCCCUUUGUUCUUCGUUCCGAUGAUAAAUGGAUAAAGAAUAGUGGUUUGGACUUUUACAUUGAGUUGGGCAAUGGAAGUAUCAAGAGCAGGAAGGCUCCUGGUGAUGGAAGCGGUGUUGCAAAAUCAUUGCUUGACAAGAUUGCUGAGCUGGAGACUGAGGCUCAAAGAUCUCUUAUGCACAGGUUUAAUAUUGCAGCAGAUCUCGCUGAGCAAGCUAGAGGCUCUGGCCAGCUCGGGCUUGCUGGCAUUCUUGUUUGGCUGAGAUUCAUGGCAAUGAGACAUCUCAUUUGGAAUAAAAACUACAAUGUCAAGCCACGUGAGAUUAGUAAAGCUCAGGACAGGCUCACAGAUCUUCUUCAGGACAUUUAUAAAGACUCCCCCCAGUAUAGAGAGAUCUUGAGGAUGAUCAUGGCUACUGUUGGUAGGGGCGGUGAAGGUGAUGUUGGUCAGCGUAUCCGAGACGAAAUAUUAGUUAUACAGAGAAACAAUGACUGCAAGGGAGGAAUGAUGGAGGAAUGGCAUCAGAAGCUACAUAACAACACUAGCCCAGAUGAUGUUGUGAUAUGCCAGGCGCUUAUUGAUUAUAUCAAAAGUGAUUUUGACAUCAGUGUGUACUUGGACACUUUAAAUAAAAAUGGAAUAACCAAGGAACGUUUGUUGAGCUAUGAUCGAGCUAUUCAUUCUGAACCAAGUUUCAGGAGGGAUCAGAAAGAGGGUCUUUUGCGUGAUCUAGGAAACUACAUGAGGACGUUGAAGGCAGUUCACUCUGGUGCAGAUCUUGAGUCUGCCAUUGCUACGUGUAUGGGUUACAAGUCUGAGGGUCAAGGCUUUAUGGUUGGUGUUCAAAUAAACCCAAUAAGGGGAUUGCCAUCUGGAAUUUCUGGUCUAAUGGAAUUCAUUCUAAAACAUGUUGAAGAUAAAAGCGUGGAGCCUUUGAUAGAGGGGUUGCUGGAGGCACGAGUGGAACUUAGACCAUUGCUUCUUAGCUCUCAUGAACGGCUGAAGGAUCUUAUUUUUUUGGAUAUCGCCCUUGAUUCUACUGUCAGGACAGUUGUUGAGAGAGGAUAUGAGGAAUUGAGUAAUGCGGAACCAGAGAAACUUAUUUACCUCAUUACACUGCUUCUUGAGAAUCUUGCACUGUCUACAGAUGAUAAUGAGGACCUCAUAUAUUGUUUGAAGGGAUGGAAACAUUCGAUGGAGAUGUCUAAGCAAAAAGAUGAUCAGUGGGCACUAUUUGCCAAGUCAUUUCUUGACAGAACCCGUCUAGCUCUAUCAAGCAAGGCAGAAUAUUACCAUCAAAUUUUGCAACCUUCAGCUGAAUAUCUUGGAUCAUUGCUUGAUGUUGAUCCAUGGGCGGUAAGCAUAUUCACGGAAGAAAUCAUACGUGCUGGAUCAGCAGCUUCUUUAUCUGCACUUCUUCAGCGACUUGACCCUCUUCUUCGGAAAGUUGCACAUUUAGGAAGCUGGCAGGUCAUAAGCCCUGUUGAAGUUGCUGGAUAUGUUGAAGUUGUAGAAGAAUUGCUUGCUGUCCAGAAUAAAUCAUAUACACAAUCAACAAUUUUGGUUGCAAAACAUGUAAGGGGAGAAGAGGAAAUACCAGAUGGCACAGUCGCUGUUCUAACACCUGAUAUGCCAGAUGUUCUAUCUCAUGUCUCUGUGCGAGCUAGAAAUAGCAAGGUAUGCUUUGCUACCUGCUUUGAUGACAAUAUCCUGGAUGAGUUUCGGAGGAAUUCGGGAAAGCUCUUUCGUCUAAAGCCCACGUCUGAUGAUAUUGUAUAUAGUGAAAUAGGAAAAACUGAACCUGAAGAUGUGGGUCCAGUUCAAGCUGGAGAUGAGCAAGCACCACCAUCGGUGACAUUGGUUGGGAAGCACUUCAGUGGCAAGUAUGCCAUAUCAGCUGAAGAAUUUACCAAUGAAAUGGUUGGUGCUAAAUCGCGGAAUAUUUCAUAUCUAAAAGGAAAGGUUCCUUCAUGGGUGGGCAUUCCCACAUCAGUCGCUCUACCAUUUGGAGUUUUUGAGGAAGUUCUGUCAAAUGACAUAAACAAGGAAAUUGUCAGCCAGCUACAGUUACUGAAAGAGAAGUUGGCUAUUGGAGAAUUUGAUGCACUUCUCAACAUAAGAAAGAUGAUAUUGCAGCUGGCAUCUCCAAUUGAGCUGGUACAAGAGCUAAAGGGAAAAAUGCAGGCAUCAGGAAUGCCAUGGCCUGGUGAUGAGGGUGAACAUCGGUGGGAACUUGCUUGGAUGGCAAUCAAAAGAGUUUGGGCUUCAAAGUGGAAUGAGAGAGCAUAUUUCAGCACAAGGAAAGUCAAGUUGGAUCAUGACUAUUUGUGCAUGGCUGUCUUGGUUCAAGAAAUCAUUAGUGCUGAUUAUGCAUUUGUCAUCCAUACUACAAACCCAUCAUCUGGAGAUUCAUCUGAAAUAUAUGCCGAGGUGGUGAAAGGACUUGGAGAAACUCUUGUUGGAGCCUACCCAGGCCGGGCAUUGAGCUUUGUCUGUAAUAAGAACGAUCUGAACUCGCCAAAGGUACUUGGUUUCCCAAGCAAGCCUAUUGGCCUAUUCAUCAAACAAUCAAUUAUCUUCAGAUCUGAUUCUAAUGGUGAAGAUUUAGAAGGUUAUGCAGGUGCUGGUCUGUAUGACAGUGUGCCCAUGGAUGAGGAAGAGAAAGUGGUACUCGACUAUGUAGCCGACCCAUUAAUCAUGGAUAAGAAUUUCCGUAAUUCACUACUCUCCAGCAUUGCUCGAGCAGGUUAUGCGAUCGAGGAGCUCUAUGGCUCUCCACAGGACAUCGAAGGUGUUGUUAAGGAUGGGAAAAUCUUUGUCGUCCAAACGAGACCACAGAUGUGAUUCUUUAGGUUCAAAGCUGCUUCACUCGUUCUAUUUAUCCAAAUGACUACAAGUACAAAGAAUAAUUUCUACAUUUCACCAAUUAUACGGACAAAUAGAAUACAAUAAGUUAAAUGGCAAUCACGAUCAAUUUACAACACGAGGUCCUCGUUGCAUGAGGCUCAAGAUUCUGUAUAUGCAAGAGCGCAACAGCCAUGUCUGAUGGGUCCUCUAGUUCCCAUAUCUCCAUUUAUGUGACACAUGGGCUGUAUCUCUUGAAUAGACACUGGCACUGUGAACCAUCAAAUAUUAUUCAAAUUUAUGGUUGCUUAUAAAAUCCCAAAUGCUAGUAUUUUUAUC